AGUUCUCCGUUAGAUCUCUAAGCGAGAGGAUCAAAAUUAUCUAAUAACAAGUUCGUUUGAUUUUAAAAAUUUCUAAUUUUUAAGCAAAGGAAAAUUUUAUUGAAGUCCUAAUAAUAAAAUCCAAAUAGUACAAAGGACAAUGAAAAAUAAAGUGCAUAAGCCACUAAUAAGUGCAAAUCUUGUGAACAAUGACACAGAAAUUAAUAAUAACACUAUCACAGAUUUGGGAUUUAGCUUAAAUUCCCGUCGUACUAUUAUUUUUCUUUCAAUUGGCAUCAUGUUUAUUGUGGUCGGAUGCGUAUUCAGCAAAAUUUCCGUCAAAGAUUUGGUACUUGAUGAAAAAUUGCGUAUGAGACCUCUAUUGCCCCCAUACGAAUGGUGGAAAAAACCAGAUCCUAUAGUACGAUUGCGUGUGUUCAUUUUCGAAGUGAUCAAUCACGAAGAGUUCCUCCAAGGAGAUGAAAUGCUAAAACUCCAACAGAUUGGUCCAAUUGUGUACAGAGAAAAUAUUGUUCAUGAAAAUAUUACAUUUCAUCCGGAAAAUGAUACAAUGAGCUUCACAGCCGUUCGAACUGUGGAGUUUCUUGAGGAAGAAAAUGAGCCAGGAAUCCUCAAUAGAACAAUCAUCAUUCCUAAUCUGGGUAUUCUGGCAAUGGCUUCUCGACUGAACGAUUCACCUUUCUUCAUGAAGAUUGCAUUUAAUGUACUUCUCAGACAAUCCAAAGAUUCAAUCUUCCAGAAUACCACAAUCUAUAAAUACUUGUGGGAUAUGGAUGGAAGCUUAAUGAGGCUGGGCGAAAAAUUAGUACCCUUCAUGGUUCCUGUUGAUAACUAUGGAAUUCUCCACACGAUCUACAAGUCGUUUUCGGACCGACAAAAUGUCAAAAUUGGAACAGCUCAUGGACAUGAGCACUUCUUCGAGAUGAAUCUGUACAACGAUCGACCUACAGUUCCUGGUUUUCGGCCAGAAAUUGGCGAAUGCUAUGCUACAAUUGAGAACUCCACUGAAGGCUUGUUCUAUCCUCAACGUCUUACAGAUGAAUCUGUAUUGAUGUAUUGGCGCAAAACCAUCUGCCGGCCGAGUUAUCUCUACUACACCGAGGAUGUCACUGUAAAUGGGGUAACAGGGAAGAAAUACGUCCUGCCGGACAGCACUUACGACCGUACGCAGCCUCUCGAGGAGGAUUGCUACCGUGGAGAAGAUGGAGCUGAAUAUCCCGAUGGACUCAGCGAUGCCUCAAAGUGUUACCAUGGCUUCCCAAUAGUCAUCUCCAAGCCCCACUUCCUCAAUCGCACCGGCAAGUGGGUGAAGAAGCUCGAGGGAAUGACUCCAAAUGAGGAAGAUCAUGGAAGUUUUAUUAUUGCGGAACCACUGACGGGAGUUCCGCUGAGGGAAUGUGCAAGAUCUCAGAGCAAUAUCUUUAUUGGAAAAUUGUCUGGGUUCUCAAAUCCUGAUCUCAUGAAGUUUAGCGAUAUGGUGGUACCAAUGCUGUGGCUAGAAUAUUGUAUGUUGGAUCUAACACCUCUUAUCAAUUUGGCCUUGUCGUUCCUUGUGAUUUAUUUAGAACCACUUCAGUUAGUAGGAUGGAUAGUUUGCCUAGCACUUGGAUCUAUUUCCCUCCUCCUGGUGGCUAGAGACUUUUACAGAGACAAAAAAUACAGAAUUAUCAGUUCAGACGGCAAAUAUUUCUGAAGCACUGUAAUUAGAUGUUCAUAUUCGAGAUUGUAUGGAUGAAACAAUGACUAUCAGAGAUGAUUAGAACAGAUUUUUUAUCUGCCUGGGUGGUUCACCCAAAAACCUAUGUAACUUCGAACGAAUAAAUAAAAAAAAGAUUUUAAAUAGCUUUGU